AUGGAGAAAAUAAUCAAGCGAGAGCUGAUGCGCUUCCUAGAGCAGCAUAAUUUAUUAUCUGAUGCGCAGCAUGGGUUUCGUAGUGGCAGGUCUUGCGUGAAUAACCUGCUCAACUGUUUAGAACGUUGGACUCGGUCAGUUGAUGAAGGCAAUGCGCUGCAUGUAGUCUAUAUCGACUUCAAAAAGGCAUUUGAUUGUGUCCCACAUCAGCGACUCCUGCACAAACUGAGCCGAACAGGCGUUAGGGGUAACCUCUUAAAAUGGAUUCAAAGCUUCCUGUUAGACCGUUGUCAAACUGUCCAUGUCGGUGGCCAGAAGUCGACGGAGGUUGCCGUUGAAAGCGGUGUUCCCCAAGGCUCAGUUCUUGGCCCUACUUUGUUCAUCAUUUACGUCAACGAUUGCGUGCGUGAACUGGAUUGUGGUGUCGCCAUUUUUGCGGAUGACAUUAAGCUCUGGAGCGUCAUUCGAACUGCAGAUGACGAAGAGCAUCUGCAGGCGAACCUAAAUCGACUCCAACAGUGGUCAAAGGCCUGGCUUCUGCCGUUCAACGAGAAAAAGUGUGAUAUUCUACGAGUCGGCAGAGCUCGCUCUCCGAACCAUAUGGCCUACUGUCUAAAUGGUAUACCACUGCAAGAAGUGGACUCGCAGAAGGACUUGGGAGUAUGGAUAACGACCUCGCUCAAACCCUCGCUGCACUGCACGAAGAUAGCCAAGUCUGCAAUGUCAGUCCUCUACCUUGUCAAGCGGGCUUCCUCUGCCUUUGACGAAGACUGCUUCGCCAAAGUCUUUCGAACUUUUGUGCGUCCGCAACUAGAAUUUGCUAUCCAAGCUUGGAGACCCUGGACCGCGAAGGACCUCAGCAUCCUUGAAAGGGUUCAAAGGCGUGCAACGAAAAUUGUGGCAGGACAGGGUUCACUACCAUAUGGAACGCGGUUAGCUAACCUUGAUCUCUUUCCCUUGAGUUACAGGCAGUUAUGGGGUGACCUGAUACAAGCCUUCCGUAUCAUACGCGGUCAGGACUGCAGCCUCGUACCGGGUGACUUCUUCGAGUUAGCAACCACCACAAAUCUACGAGGCCAUCCAUUCAAACUACGUGUGACAGGGGCCAGACUGGACACACGAAAGUUCUUCUUCUCCAACAGAGAGCUAGAAGCCUGGAAUGCCCUGCCUGUGGAUGUCGUUAUGUCUGCUUCCGUCGAGGUUUUUAAGAGGCAGCUGGAUUUGUGUAGCAGUGUACACUAAAUUACCACCCCGAUCUCUGUAACCUCGACAAAUUCCAUUAUUAUAAUACUACUUGCUAUAUUUCAGUAACAUUUUAAAUUGAACUUAUUAUUGUACCAACCCAUCGCCUACGCUUACUGACAUGCACAUAUGCAAAUUUUGUCCCCGGACAUAUUAUUUAUUUCGCUGCACUCGAAACGACAGCUCUACAACUGCUCGUACCACUGAAAUCCGAGACAGUUUGUUUGUCUGUACAGACCUGACGCUUUUCCGAUUAUUUGUUACUUUAUAAUACCGUUUCGAGUUUUUGAGAUUUUGCAGUUGCUUGUAAACAAAUAGGGAGUUCAAAGGUGAAGACCUACAUUUCCCUCAACAAACUGAACUGAACUGAAUCAGACGCUCUAUAAUCCCGCGAAAGUACUGCCAGAAUUCGUCUGAAUCUUCUGUGUUGACCAACCAGGUUUCUUCCAAAAGAGUGCGUCGCAUUGCGUUAAAGUCACGCUUCCAAAUAUUUAUGCGCGUCUUGAUUUUUGGUUGUUGGUUGGAUAGGAGAGCGCACACGCAGGCAGAAGCAAUAUGAUCGCUUAAGCCGAGUGGAGGUCGUGGAUUCACUUCCUUUAUGAGUCCUUCUUCUUUACUGAAAACGAGAUCUAAACAAUUCGAUCGUUGUCCUUCUCUCAUUCUUGUUCCGAAUUUUAUGUGCUGAAUGAGGUAUUCAUUCCUGUCCCCCAAACGAAGCCCUCAGAGGUAUAGUGGGGCCACGUUUAAAUGCACGCUUUAAGCCGCCGCCGCUUCGCCUAUCGUCAGAUCUCAUCAGGAUGCCGUUCUGGCCUCUGAGAUUUCGAGAUUUCCUCACCAUUUUCGGCCCCACCCUCGGUCUGUCACCAUCUAAUCACUCCAUGCUCCCGACCUACCCUCAUUAAGAAUUUACACUACUCUUCAGUAAUCUUUUGUGAACAAUGGUUUUCGCGGAUAUUAACGUCAUCUCCCUGUCGCGACCCCCAGCGAUAUGUCGAUGAUCACGGCGGAUUCAUGCGGUUCGCCCAGUUGCCAGAAUUUUAGUCAGCCAGUAACAUUGAUCGAGGAUAAGAUGAUGUGUCACUUAACAGCGAAUUACUUACUGAGUGCUGCUCAGCAUGGAUUCCUCAAAGCUCGAUCUUGUGACACCUGUCAACUCUCUUUCUUUGACUAUGUUCUCCAAUCUAGGGACCAUGGUUUUGCUCUUUACACAGUAUAUUUCGAUUUCACUAAGGCUUUUGACCGUGUUGACCAUGCCCUUCUCCUCUUGAAAUUGUCCUCCUUCGGAAUAGGUGACAAACUUUUGAAUUUUAUAUACUCUUAUUUGGGCACUCGCACACAACGAGCUAAGAUUUCCAAUACCAUCUCCAAGCCCACACGUGUGAGGAGUGGAGUCAUUCAGGGUAGUGUACUCGGCCCGCUUUUAUUUUGCCUUUUCGUUAAUGAUGUACCCGAUUUAUUUCAGAAUGGUAGGCCUUUCAUGUAUUCCGAUGAUCUUAAAGUUGCAUAUCGAUAUGUGCCGGCAGAUCAUGACAUCGUGCUUGAGCUCCUAAAGAGCGAUCUACAGGCUUUCGCCCAGUGGUGCCGCACAUGGCGCCUUUCUCUUUCUCGGCACAAGUGCUCAGUCCUGGUGGUUGGCGACGACCGCCAACCUCAACUAAGUAUUGAAGGUCACGCAAUAAAUGUGCCAGGGGUUAAAAAGGAUUUGGGCGUUUCAUACUCCAAGAGUCUCAAUCUCUCGGAGCACUGUGCUUUGAUAGUCUCCAAAGCACGUAGAACGACCGGGUUUAUCCUCCGAAAUUUUAAAACUAGGGACAUUAGAAUGCGCCUUUUCAACAUGUACGUUAGACCUGGUCUGGAAUACUGUUCGUUUUUAUUUAGCCUCAUGCGUGCUACUGAACGGAAGAAAAUAGAAUCCGUUCAACACUUUUUUACCAAGAGAAUUUUAGCCACGGAACACCGACAUUUGUCUUACCAAGAACGUUGCCGGCUUACAGGCCUCGAUCCUUUAUGGUUCCGUUGAUUACAAAAAGGACUAUUUUUGCUAUUUAAACUCUUAAAUAAUCACACAUUUAACCCACUCACCUCUUUAAGACAUCAUAUCCACCCACGACGUAACAGUCACCGUGAGGUCUUCUUAUUUCUGCCUCUGGCACGUACUGUUAAAUAUCGUCGGUUCUUUUCUGUAAAUGCAAUUGCUAUUUGGAAUAAACUAUCCAUGAGUGUGAAAACUCCGCAAAAUUAUCCUUUAUUUAAGAGAACUAUUACUCGAUUUUUGCAUUCAGAAAAGCUCCCACAAAUUUUGGAUGCUGAAAAUUCUGAUCGACUGUACCGUAGCGAUAGCGUUUGAGGUUUCUGAACACUAUGGCCGGUCUCACCAGCUGUUCCUCAACGCCUCUACUUUGACUAUCCCCAACUUCAUGAAAGGAAUUAGACGUCCGAUGAUAUCCGAUACCGUGCAACCUCCCCCCUUCUUGACGGUCGAUAUUCUCCCACCACCGGCAGUUUUUUUCUCCUCAGCCCUCCAAACCACAAAAACCACCAUCAACUAUAUUUUUAUCCCUUAAGCUCUGGAGUUUUUUUUUCACUGCCGGUCGGAUUUAUGUUUAAUCGCUUCCCUUGACAAUGCCUGUGAACUGGCAUUAAAUAAAAAAAUUUAUUUAUUUAUUUUAUUAAAGGAGUAUCACGACCACGUUUCCCCGCCGUUUGACGGACCUUGCAGCGUUUAACGACUGCUCCUUGCCUGGAAUUCAAAUGGACUCUGAUCGACCACGUUAAUUCCCUCCUCUUUUGCCACUCUUAUGGUUGUGUCUGCUGUUGGCGCAAAAAUAUUAGGGUAGCAUCUGCAGCGAAGAGACUCAUCCUGUCUGGGAAAUUAAGCUUGACGAGGACCGUUUUGAACUCUUGUAUACGCUCAUCUGCGGGUCGAUCCUGUCCGACUCUCAUAUUUACGUUCCCGUGAGCGAUGGUUUUCUCACGCAAAUUAACAACCUAAACAACGUUCGUCUUACGCUUUAUUAAGAACUGAAGGAGUUUUUUUACUGUUCACUAACCGUCCUGCUUAGCAGACUGUUUUUUUUCAUAAGCAAGAACUAAACCCUGUACAGUAUCUGUCCACUCGUUCUGAAAUUCGUUUGAAAAUUUAAGUUAACUUAUUAUUACAUUACCCCCAGGAGCACCAAACAAGACAGUUCGUCUAUUUGUCAAAUACUUUGUCUUUUCUGAACCCUGUCCCUACCUCCUCUAUGACUGGCACUUUUGAGGGAGAGAAAAUAUGCACACCAGUCACGGCAUAGCUUACAUAACGUUUAUUCGAACUCAAACUUACGAGUAAAAUUCCAAACUAUCAGAGAAGAUAAAUCUAAGAACACGCUAGAAGCUAGCCAAGCCUACCCACAAGACAACACAAAAGGCAGCAAUUAUCUACUGAAGAAAACGAAGGUCGAUAAGGAUUAACACUUCUCUGUUAUCACGCACAACAUCAAUCUUUCCUCAACAUAUGUGAAAUUUUAUGCAAAAAUAAGACUCCGUUCCUACAAAAGCAGCAAGAUUUUCUCAUCAUCUCUCGCACACCAAUUUAGUCCGAAGAUUUGGGGAAAUUGUAAAACAUUUGUAAAAUUAAUCAAAGAAACAUGUCCGUUAAUACCCAUUCCGAACCUAAGAAAGGUUUGCGCCCUUUGGAAGGUUCGAACACUUAAGUCAGAUGAAGGCGACUAUCAGCUGGUUUUACUAGACUGAAGGUUGGGUGCGAAAGGCAAAUAUUGACUGUGAACUUUCAGGAUGCAGUCGUUUCUCAGCGUUUCGAGGGUUGUAACUAUGCAGAUUAUGAGGAAACCCGCUAAGGUCUUUCCCAACAAGUUGUUUUACUCUACCUGCGAUCAAAAAGGAAGCGGGAUUAACAGAGAACUGAGAAUCCACCCUGAUGCUGAAAAAGAACCUCUGGAGCGCUUUCCGAACGAUAUCAACCCACUAACGGGCGAAAGGGAUGGACCACGUGGCCCUGAACCGACAAGAUACGGAGACUGGGAGCGCAAAGGAAGAUGCAUUGACUUUUAGUGGAUGACUAGCUUCUGAGUCAUUAGAUUCAACACUAGUUUUUGGCAAUAAAAUCCUUUUUUCCGAUAUUUCUUGUCUCUACAGCGGUGGCUGUUCCAGUGAGUAUCUGGGUCUGACGGUUUCUUUUAAGUUUACCGCAUUUAUCGCUACUUGUGUUGCUGUUAUGGUGACUCGGGCAGCUCUCUAAGCGCACACACGCGCACACGGAAAUGUCGUUUUCUUAUUGUGGGUCGCCAAGUGUUUCAGGGUUUUAUUCCCUCGGGUUAUCUACAUUGUUUAUCAACUCGAUUGCGCGUAAUGCUCCAUGCCAUCCAUCCGCUAGAGGCUAAGCCGUUCUUAACAACAUGUUGACAGCCGGUUCGUAGUGCGGUUUUUAUUUUACCCGCAUUCACUCCAACAGUAGGCCGACAUUUCCCCAUUUCUUAAGCUUAUUUCAGUCCAGUUUUAUUAAGGCAAAGACAGUCGAACGCCUUUAAAUUACCUAUUGCAGAAAUGUCGAAGAAGAAGGCACCGUGCGGGCCAUCUGGGCAAUGCCGCCAAAUCUAGUAUGCGGUCUAUGUUGCCUCUUUGACAAUCUUUCGGUCGUGGUUACUAACUUUCCUUUCAUCUGGGCUUGUCAGCUGCUUACUUUUGCUUUGUGAACUUCUUUUCCGGAUCCGCUGCACUUUUAGUGUCCCCUUUACAUAUAACUGCUGCGUUUUUAAAUACAUGCAUCAGAUUUCCUUGUCUUAUACGUGGAUACUAUAAACUUGCAAAUAUGUCCACUCAUGUGUGAACUGUAGUAUCACUAGGUGGGCAUUGUUUUUCGCGAUAAAUGAACGUUUUCUGUCACAAUGGACUGCGAAUUGUCCUCCAAUCAUCGGUAACAUGCGUCAUCGUCUUGUAUGACAGUUUCCAGGGCUUUUCACUCCGUUAUCUUUCGUCUGUUUAUUCUUCAGCCUAGUGGUAUCUGGAGAACUCAACUGGGCCUAUUUUCUGCUCGCUUUACUGUGUUCGUAAUUUUGGUGGCAAAAUCUCACCUGCCAUCACUAAGAAGUUGGGAAGUUGCUUAUUUCUGAUUCCAUUCUAACGCGUGGCACUUCUCGUUACCGAGGCGAAUUCGACGCUUCGAUCACGUCUGUGCCAGACGACGCGGCCUUCAAAACGAGGAGAUAAAUAUAUCCUGAUGUUCUGCGUUUCAUCUUUGCGAUGCGCAAUAUUUUUGGGAAACUUUUGGACGUUCCUAUUAGUCGUCUACAAUUAUGUCGUCUUAGUAUUCUUUUCUCAUGCUGUCAGCCAAUCCCGACCUCCCAUCUAAUCCUUUUUUCCUUAUUUGUUAUUCCGAUCUUGAAUAGAUGAGCCUGAUAAGUUUCCUAUCCCGAAGGGAAAUUCUGGGACCUUUUUCUAUCGGCCAGGCAGCAGUCCCCUCAAUGGGCCUCCGUCGGUAUUGUCUAAAAGACCUCCUCCCUGCCAAUCUUUUGGGCGAAACAUUUCUGGGCUUCACUGCAAAUGGGCGUUUUUUAGUCUCCUAUUCAAUCCAGGGUGGCCAGUUCUUCGUACGUUUCUGGGCCUUUCCUUCGCACCCAAGUGCCAUACGUUUACAGCAUCCCUUUGCCCAAUUCUCGUUUAAGACUUACACUGACUGCCCUUUCCAGUCAGAUUUGCCCGCUGUCCGCUUCUUGCAGUCGCUCAAUGAUCCGGAUAAUUUCAUUUUUCUGGUCGCAUCGGUAAGUCAAAACCUCCUUUAUGUCUCCCCCUCAUGUCCGGUGAUCAAAUUCUUUCUGCUUGGACGCAACAAUUUUGCGCUUUCUAGGCUCUUGAUGGUGAUGUCUUGGUAAUUUGGGGAUCACUGCCUCAGUUCGAAUGUGCCAGCUGCUGUGAAGUUGCAAUGUCUCUGGGAUUUUCCCAAAACUGGUCUUCUGUAGUAGAUUCUCCUACCUUCAGUUGUCCGCAGCAUAUGCGCCUGCUACGUCUCUACCCGGAUCAUCAGUCAUUUUCAUUUUCAAGCCUGUCAAAAUACUGGAACAAUUUUUCGGAAGAUGCAUUUGAAUCGGCUGACCUGCCUGUUGUAUAUGGCGAGAAUUUGCCCUUCCCUCCUUGCUUGACGCCAUCCGCUUCGACGACAAUCUGCAAAUGCUUUCGACUUUCAACCGUCGUUCUCAUUCACCCCUCCGUAUGUCCUAAAACUGGACGCCUCCGGCUUGCUUGGAUCAGCCAGGGUCGACAAGUGCGCGUCCUUAGUUGCUCCUUUUUUGCAUUCAACGAGAUGACCCUAAGUUGUCAGUUGCCGGCGUGUUCCUUCCCGCUUGUAAGUGCGCAUACUUUUUCAGGCAGAUAUUCGUUUCCUUUCUUUUAAGCGUUUCGAUUAUGUAAUGAGUCAUUCACACUGUAAGUUUCUGGCUCAACUUUUGUUUUCGGGGACAUUCCUUCUGUUGUCCUCUGUCCAUCGCUUUUGGGGAAACAAUUAAAAUUUUGAUUUAGUCCGAACGCAUAUAGCUUCAUUGUCGGGUGGUGUAUGGCGACCUGUUUGAAGUGGCCUGUGUUGUUUAUUUAUGCUGUAUAUUAUAUUACUAUCCCUCACGUUAUAAAACAAAACGAGCACUACCAGAGUAGUCGAGCUAGACCUUCUGCCUGUUGCACGGUCCAUUUCGUCGUGAAAGACAGAGUUUACAUGUACUUCCGAUGUGUUCAAUGACCUGAGUUUGGCCUAUCGCAUAUUCGCCAUAACUACGUUGUUUGGUCUAAGAGAAACUCCCAACAUAUACAUUAGAAAUGAAGCACUUCGUCAACGGCCGGAUAUCUGUCCUGAUGACCGAAACAUGUAUUGCGCAUGUCCGGUAUGCUACUUCUAACUCACAGCAUUACUGAUCGGAGGAGAGGGUAGUGUCCUAGUUCGGUCUUAUGGAAAGUCUUCCACUGCUGGGUAGCUUUACCGAAUUUAAUUGUGAACUUGAGAGAUGAGGCCCCUUUCUAAACUUCUGACGAACCCUGUCAAGUAUAACUUUUGGCCUUUUCCUUGGGAUGGAAUUUUUGCUGAUUUUUCCAUGUCUCCUGUCCUCAUGAUGAGCAUUAAUGGAGCCAGACACUGUAUACUUAACGGUAGAACGACUCAAUGAGGAUGAACCGCUCGACUCCCUAAGGAACUGGGGAACUGUCCGUCAUGACCGCUGGGUUGUCCUCUUCUGAACAAGGGAACAAUCGAACUGCAGACUUUCAUUUCCGACCAAGAAAAAGAAAUACCCCUAAUUUCUAUCGUGUCCAUUUAGUGAGGCUGGGCACCACGGCUUCAAUUUUUGGGAUGACUGGAGGCCCCGAAUUUCCGAAUUAGUGAAGAAAUAGUCGCUUGUCUCCCCAUCUUUCAAACUCCACCCUUCUCUGGUUUUCAGAGACCGCAUGGUUGAUAGAGACGACAAUGUAUGCUUUAAAGGGACUUAAUCUGUCACAUGAGUUAACCAAGCUCUGUAAAUGGCCCUUUUCUUCCUUUUUAGGGAUCCUGCAUCUCAAGCAUUGCGUCUUCCCAUUGUCUGUCUUACGCUCCUUUAGCAUUUCGUGCUCCUCUGCUGACCAGCAACUACUGCUCUGCUUGCUACUCCUGGCCGUCAGAACCGACGUGCUCCCGACAUGUGCAGACUUCGCCCUAUCGCUUCUCAAAAGUGUUCUCCCACACGAGAACCGUAUCUACUGAGGGGUGUGCUUUCCGCGAGGCCGUGCGACGCGUAUCGUCGGAUGAACCCUGGCCUGACGGUCAUCGGCCAGCAAUUGUAAGUUAGCAUUUCAGGCCGUUAACUGUUAUGUUUUACCUAACUUCGAGACAUCUAAUCUGACAAACUGAGCGUUCUGCUAUGGAAUUCCCGCAUGAAUUAUUUGCCGUGACGUUUGCUUCCAUCACGUCUACUAUACGGUUGUCCCGAUGACUCCCAUUUUGUUGCCGCCUUCCGUAUUUACAUCACUGCAUUACAACGCUUUGCCAAAGCUAUGCCCUCGAAAAAUUAAUGACCUGUCUGACCAGGCGAUUGAAGUCAAUUUUAGCAAGUCGAGGUAGGAGUAUGGACAAAAAGUUACAAAUUAAAUAGGAAGUUUUACUUUGCUCGAAGUUUCCAUAUUUAGUGCGACGAUGAAGACCUUGAAAAUUUACUGAGAAUAAGUAUUGAUAUUUUCUGAGCCUAAGACCCGCAUCUCCGUUUAAAAGCGUUGAAUUACUGCCAGGCGCGUGGGGACGAUGUUCUUCUAUCCACAUCCUUCGAGUGGUUCCGAUUUAUUCACCCAGUGAUCUUAUUGACGUGCUGCGUGAGGAAAUUAUAAAAAAGAGGCUAUAUAAUAUAACUACUCCACUGUGAGGUCCGACGAACCAAAAAAACUGACAGUUUUCUUUUUUCAAACAUUUGGGUUUUUUCUCUCAGUGGACCACCAGAGAUAUGUUGAAGAAAUUAUUUGGCGUCUCUUAAGAAACAAACUGUCACAAAGGAGUCAAUUUAGAGCAAUAACAAGGAAACACUGCCUUUUUCAGAGUAUGCAUAAAUCCCUUGGCUUUGAAUGCAGUAUUUACAUUUGUCAUACUUCCGAUACAACAGGCUUGACAAUGCCUAAAUUUAUAACUUCUGCCGAUCGCUUUCAAAGCUACGUUGCAGCCGCGAACCGCGACUGUUAACUUUUACUCGGUACAAAUGUCCCCGCGCUUAAUCCAACCGACCGUAUUGAUGCUGUGAGUUCCACCUCCAGUCGUGGCGAUUUGCGGUAGUGGGUCUGAGAAGUUCUUUUCGUUAACGUUGGGGACCGAAUACUAAUAGUCAGUGGACCACUGUCAUAUCCUGACGAGCUGUGUUCGGCCGGAUUUCGAACCAUCAAAUCCGUUGGUCCUCUCAGGUGGUCAACAACUCGGGAUCAAGGAUAAUAAUAAUGAACUCAUGGGGCAGGUGACUGUCUCAUUCGAGAGGAAGUCUGUGUACUUGACCAAUGAAUGGUUCUCAGGCAACAUUGGUCAAACGCCGCCAGUUUUCGCUCAUCUACUAUCCACACAGGCAAUUAUUCACAGUCGUAUAGACGAAUUGGCCGGUCGGAUGAAGGAUGUGCGAAGCUUUUUUAAUGGCAUUGAUAUUGCAACGGGUCCACAUACACCUCUUAAAGCCUUCAAAAAAUGAAAGCAGCGUCAAUUUGGGCAUUAAUACCAUGCGUACUCUGUCCAUUUGUCAGAAACUUCUGCUGGUAGUCAUGACAGAGUUCAAAAAUGUGUUUUUGUGUGCAUAUCUGAUAAACGCGUUCACUCUCCGCACGAAAACCAUCCAGGUUGGGUCUCGUUCUCGGAUCACACACCCCUAAAACCGCCUAUUCAAUCACCUUAUGGAGCCAUGCUGCCAAUAGGUACACGGGCUUGUAAACCGCAGCAAGGAUCCUGGUCUCUCCAAGGAUCUUCUUGCUGCGCGACUUCAUUAUUAUAUCAGUGCUUUAUUCCUGUGCGGAAGGGUCAUCUGGGACCGUAUAGGCUGGAGAAGGAUAAAACUCCACUCUGGAUGAAAGAAUUAUGCUCGCUCACUCAAGUUGGACAGGCGUUCAAAGUGUUCACGCGAUACUCAAACGUGACUGAGUUGUCAGCAAACACCCACCAUUCGCAUCGCGAACAGUACUAGCAGAAUAACUUAGUAGAGUUCUCGGAUGUCGGUGAUGUUUGAGGCCCACUUCGUGGGGGUUGCCACUUCAGGUCAAUAGCCUUUACGGUCAUCCCAUGCCGACAUUCCCCUUCACUUUCUGGAGUUGGUGGGAUGAAUUUUCGCUGUAGGGCCCAACUCGAGCUGUCUGAACAAACACCUGUAGGGUUCUUGUGCUGAUCAUGAAGGCUGAGGACUUCAAUGGUGACCAUUAGCUGCUGCCCUCUUCAACUCGGACUGCAGGAUAAGAUAGAAUUCCUACGUUUUAAGUCUCGAUUACGUUAUGUUGUCGUAAUUUUUCGUCGGUAUGUUCUGCACGAGACGGGAAGUAGACUUUUAGGCGCGUGCGACUGAUGACGCGCACUGAUCAUAAGAUGUUGCCAUUUUAACACCAGUCAGUGAUUUUCUAUCAUGAAUCCGAUUAAUAAACCUUAAACUGACUAAAAUAUAGCCAGGCUGAGUGUCCAUACGACCAUCGCGUGAAUAUCUGGUUGGCAGAUGUUUUCAGCGAUGAUGAAAGCAAUUUCUGAUGACUAAUAACUGGUUGCGGUCAGCUAAACUCAACACUACUUCAUCAUUGUUGUGUCGAGAACCCGCCCUAAAUCGGCCACUAACGUGGCUGAUGCAAUGGUCGCCUUCCCAACUCGACAAUUCUGAAUGUUUGCAAAAAUCGGUCGACCACGACGGGGAAGGCUUUCAAGCGGUCGGCAGUUAGUGCUAGCUCUUAUACGGAAACGAUAAUGGUGUUAGUACAGUGUCUCAUCCAGUGGUUCGUAAGCUACCUGGUCAUUUAAUGUCUCCACGCAUGAAUUACAUGCUAUGUCUGUUACAAUAGGGCGAUAACCACGCCGUGUCCAUCGCAGGAGUCACAUGGGCUCCCUGCGUUAUAGGAUGAAGUGGGAGCUGAUUUACAGGGUCCUGAUCUCCUCGACACGUUAGCACUGUAUUGAUGAAAACUGCGAACCGUCGAACUUCGAGCACAAAGGUGGGAAACAUUUACAUAUUUCAACAUCCUACACCAAGAGUCCGUUCUCAGUUGAAUAGUUCAGCUCUCAUAAAAUUUUCUCGCACCAAUGGACCAGGCAAACGACACGCGUCGGUUUCCGCGGGCUCCGCGGCAUGCAUUACGGUGCUAUAUUCGUACAUUUUCGUGGAUUUUGGGAAAUUCGACUGUAGACGCAUGCUUAGCAGUCGCCGGGAUCGCUCACGAGAAGUUUUCUUUAUCACAGCUUUGGUUUAAGAACGUACCCAUAAUACAGUGGUGACGGGCAAACUUGUUUAGUAGAGGUUAACGGUCCCCCAUGUCACAGUCGUACAAUCAGGUUAUAUGCUACCUCUUGCGUGCCAAGCCUCGGCCUUCACGUCCUGAAGCGUUGCUGCUGCUGAUCUGCGGCCGCUUUUUGGUCGGACUUGGAAGCCUGCUUAUUGCUCACCUAGCCUUCGCUGAAGACAAUGCCAUUCCCCACCACCCCUGGGGCUCUCGGUUCGUUCGUUGCUUCUGACGAUGUCCACCGUGUGUGCCUCGCAGCAGGGUUGGCGAAGGGACGGUGACCUGCGCUGGAGUUAGUUUAUAGUGACAGUAGACUUGCGCUGCAUUCACCGCGCUCUCUCCUUUCCUACAUGGAACUGGUAUCAUGACAGAGUCAAGAAGAUCGGAGGCGGAAUCGGGCGCAGACGGCUGGCAUGGCGUGAACCCGCGUCUAGACGUGCCACCACACCCCUGGUCACACACUAAGGGCCAGAAUUUCACACAAGGGGGGUGGCUGGAAUUCCAACUGAGCGAGAGUUGUUGCACUGAGUCCGGAGAUGUCAGACGAAACCGAUCUGUGCGCGGAAUGUUCGCUGACAACGUGGACAUGUUGGAAUCGACGGGGCGGUGGGGUUAAGUGUCCGUGGCGCUUGCGAACCGGCCUUCGGGCUUUGGCAGCGACCAUCCAGUUGGCUUAGUAGGUGGCUGGUCCAGUCGUCACUGCCCCUUUUUCUAGACUCGUCGGUCCAGGUCGCCGGAUUGAUUUGUAGAUCCUUAGGUGAGGUCUGCAGGCUGUCCUUUUAGCGUUGUUUUUGUCCGACCCCUCGGCCGUCACCCGUAGCAACAUCACCGCAGAAGAGUCGUUUGGGUAGUCGCUCGUCGUCCACCCUCACGAGGUAGCCGUUCCAUCGCAGCUUUAAUUGCUUCAGCGUGACAUGGAUGCUGAGGAUUUCGGUCCGUCCCAGAACCAGGAUCUGCUCUGUUAUUUUGGCUUUAUUAUUCUCCGGAUACAGCCGAGGCGGAAGUGACUGAGCUUCCUAGCUUGGUUGGCGUAGCCAGUCAAUGUUUCCGUCAGGACUACCGUCUUGAACAUUUUGAAGUUCGUAUUGCGUCAGAGUGCGUGGCGGUCCCAGGCGGAGGCCAGCAGCCCGCCAAAGGUCUGGCUGACUUUAGAGAUUCAGUUGACCAUUUCGUCGUCUAUUUCGAUUCCACGUGAGAAUGUACUUCCUGAAUAGGCGAAAUUGUCAACGUAUUUGAGUUGCGUGUCGUCGGCAGGAACGUUGUAUUCAGUGUUGGGUGCCAGUCAAUGCAUGACUGUUCUUUUGUCGUGUCGAGACGCUCAAAAAACAACCUGGACCGUGAUUUUCUGAGUACCGAAUUGUUCUAUAGUUUAUUAUCUAUAUGCACGCUUUUCUGACGCAAAGAUUUGCCCGGUCCUGCUUUAUGCAGCGCACUGUGCUUGAUCUCGGAAAACUGAAAUAGCAGCGCAAGUUGUCUGCACGUAUAGCUUCUAAUAAACGUGUAAUUUUUUCGCAAACGCCCUCGCUAUUGUGGAUUCGCCAUUUCUCCAAGCAAUUUUUGGUUUCUUCACUGACGUUUCAUCAAUUUUCAGCCAUAUCUUUGAGAUAUCUCUUUGCUUUCAUCUAUGAGCGCUUUCGAAAAAAGCUACAGACACUGGAAUGACCAUUUCUGGCUUACUGGUCGUCGCCAGUCAACGAUACCCGAACCCUAGUUAUUGACACAUUUAGGGUUUACGGCCGUUUCCAGUGAUCCGUUUGCGCCAGAACUGAGACGUCUUUUCUGUCCACUACGCACCUAUGUCCUUCAGUCAGGGCAGACUAGUAUACACAACGGGCGUGGUAGAAGGCCGCUCACCGAUCGUGCUAGGGAACUCACUCGUCCCGUUGUGCCUUGGAACUCUCUCUCUCUCUCUCAAGCCCCGACAACGGCCGGACAGCGGAGCGUGAUAUAGGCAGAAUAGCGCUACCGACGAGUCCCCUUUGUCGGUAAUCCUAUUCUGCCUACAACGAGCGUGUGUGUCUCUGCUGCAUAUUUGCAUAACUCGUUUCCCCUCCAUAAGCAACAUCAUACCGGCACUUGGAAAUAUACCAUCUGAAGAGUACUUCGCCAAUUGUUUUACUGCCGAGAGAUUAGCUAAUUAGCUUCGAAGUAGACGUAGUGUACAUCGAUCUCCGCAAAGUUUUUGGCGGCGUUCCACAUCAGCGCGUCUUUCAUAAAUUGGGCGUUUUUGGCAUCAGGAGAAACCUUCUGAAGUGGAUAAGGGCAUUUAUGGCUGGUUGGAAACAACUCGUCUGCGCCAGAGGAGAUAAAUCGAACUGGACGUAUGUGACUAGUAAUAUUUUUUAGAGCCCAGCUCUCAGGUCCUUGCUGUUGAUUCGUUAUGUUAAUGACAGUCGUGGGGAACUUUACUGCUGUAAGACCAUGUUUGCCGAUGACCCUUGCAAGUCACUAGGUGUCCGAAUGACCGGAAAACCCCUCAAAAUCGUGUGCACUGACUGCAAACGGGGUCUGAGAAAUGGCUUCUGAGUCUCAAUGUGCAAAAGUGUGCCGUCCUCCAGGCAUGUUGCCUGAAAGGCAUUUUAUUUCGCAAAAGGAUAUCUGUGUCCGGAUAAAGAACAAUCUGAAACCUUCAUUGCAAUUGAAUCAAGGCUGCAAAAACGCCACAGAAGCACUGCACGCUAUCAAACGUACGUUUUUGACUUUCGACAAACACCUUCAGCGCCGUCCACCUCACCUGGCAUAUAGGCUUGGCGACCAUGGCUGUCAAAGGACAAAAUAUGCCUCAAUAGACUCCAACGACGUGCAGCAAAGCUAAUAAAAGAUCUAAAUUAUCAGUCUUAUUUAGAAAGACUGGAAUCUGUUAAUAUAUUCCAUGUGUGUUACAGAGAGCAAAGUUUACAAGAUAAUACACGUUCUUGAACAACGAAUGCACUUUGAGGACAUACCUCACUGUCACCUUUCGCUUCAUCCUCGUGCAAACUCAAUGAAGCUACACACAGGAAUGUUCAGACGGAAAUUUCGCUCUGAAUUCUUCACGCAACAGACGAUAGAACAGUGGAAUGAUUUUCCCCAAUCAGUUGUGGAGGCGACUUCCCUGCAGCUCUUCAGAAGACUCUUGGACGGUGCACAACGGAACGAGUGAGUUCCUUAAGAACGAUCGGUGAGCGCCCCUCUACCAUGGUAUACUCUCGAUCUAAACCUACAGGAUAACGAGCCCGUGGCUCAGUGGUUAGAGGCGUUGGACUUCGAGCCCCAGGUGUUCCAUACCUUGGGAUUGGGUAUAACUGGCUGAUGGCUGCUUAUAGUCCGGUAAUAACAUUCUGCCUAUAUGUACCUUGUUUUCCCUCGACACUCUAUACCUGAACUAUAUACCAAGUCUAGUCGGGGCGAAAGUUUGUUUAAAGAACAAUGCUACUUUUUCCGCGAAUAUUACUUUAAUAGUGAAAGUUCUUCAGAAUGCGUGUAUAGCUGUAUAAAACACACCGGUAUUUAAACAAUACUCCCUUAAAGACUUUGUCUAUUACUCACAAAAAGUAAACUAAAAUAAUACGUAGACGUCUCUCAGGAUUUGUUUAGGAUUUCGAGGUUGUAGUUGCCCGAUUCUUAUAAAGCCGAUAACAGUUUAUAGGCGGUCAAGCAGUUAAAUGUUCCGACAAUUCAUACUAACUGUGAAUAACCUGUUUGAAGCGUGGGCCAACUCUACUAGUAUCGUUUUGUAUUUCUUGCUUUUUCCCGCCGGCGGAUUUUCUAGCCUUAUUAGUUGGAGGUCAGCUCACCCUCGUGGUAAUUAUGGCUUUGUUGAACUUCCAAGGUGUUUUCCAACCCCAGUUGCCUGCGUCCUCGUUCAGUAGAACCUGUUCUUUUUUGUCAGCUCUCGAAAAGCCGCCUCAUCCGCGAUCACCAGUGCAACAACCUCGUUGAGAGUGAACAUUCACCAGCGAACCUUCAGCGUGCUCGGAAUAUUUGGACGCCAGCCCUCCUCUCCUCACGAGCUUACCUCACCACCUGCUCACCGGUCUCCUAUCUGGCCAUGCUUCAGGACAUUCGAGCCUCAUACAUACAUUGGGUUCGUUUUAGCAACUUAUCCGACGUCCCAGUACGAGGGGCGAAAUUGCGUUAUUGCAAGAUGUACAUGGUUUUUGUCAGACAUUCAGUUUCUAACCGUUUUUUUCUCUAAGCCGUCCUCAUUCUGACGCUGGAGAAGGCUCUAGCACAUCCUCCAUCAGCCAGUUCCUUUUUCGCCAACUUAACUCAUUGUUGAUAGCCAAAAAGGUGGCACUGCGUAUCUACAGCAGGUGCCGCAUCUCGUUAAACGUCGACAGGUAUGUUGACAUACGCUUUCAAAUGGGAAGGUUGCUUAGCUCAGACCGUAUGGGAUGCAUUCCUUUGUUAAUUCAUGCAUGCCGACUUGUGGUUAAAAAUCAUUCCAACGCUCUAGAUCGAGCCGAAAGCACAACAGAAUGAGCCUGUCCCGGUGAACGCACCUCCGACAUAGUUAAUAUUCCCAAUCGCAACGGAAAUGACAAAGAUCCCCCGGCUCAAUUGGUCGAACGUUGCACUUUAUGACGUGCGAUGACCAAAGAACACGGGAUCGAGGCUCAGGUGCCCCAAGGACCUUGGCCUUGGUGGGGUCAACUGACGACGUCAAUUAAGCCAGAAAUGGCCACCGCAGUCUCCCCUGUCUGUCGGAACUCCCUCUAUCAUAUGCUAUUAGUCGCUGUGCGACUGCCUACGGGACUUGAGAUUGAGCCCCGAGCCAUCACAGGAGGAGUAGGUCCCGUAGCACGAUCAGUAAGCGCCCUCUGCCAUGUUGGAUACCUCGUACAAAAGUCUUGGUGGAGAGGGGGAAGAGACGAGAGCCAAUCAGAACAGACUGGCACAACACACGGCGGUCGCUUACUGGCAAACGCCAAGCGACUGCACCUAUAAUUUUAACUGUUUUUAGUGCAUUUUUUCUGCGUCUGACCACGACCAAGGGAACCGGCGUUGAAAAUUUACACAAUAAGGUGUUUCCCCAAAGAACGUAUCUAGCUUCAGCAUAUAUUUCUUGGGAUGUCUACCAUCCAAUACACAUAUAUGUUGUAGGGAAGAAGUGGUAUGCAUAUAUGUAUAUGUAGGAAAGGGGUACAGACAAGGAUAAGGGAGACUAGAAUGGUCAUUUAUGACCCAUUAGCUGCCAUCAACCAAAAAUAUCAAACCCUGGGUUUGUAACCCGUGAGACAAGAACUCGCUCUCUAGCCACUGAGCCGUGGGCUCGUUCUCUUGUCAAUUGAGAUCGGGUAUAUGUUAACUGUGGUAGAGGACUGCGGCCCGCUUUCAAUUUGCUUUUAAAUCGGCCAGAAACUGGAAAAAUGCAAAUUCACGUGCUGUGGACCUUACGGUCGCUUACUGCAGCCUUACAAUCUGUUUCGCGUAAUCAAAAAGACUUCCACAAACCUUUUUGCCUUUGUUCGAGUUUACGCCUGCCGAUGCCCCUCUCAAGACUGAACUCAUCCUGCCUCCGCUUUAGGCUCUGGUGCCCAUAGACAGUGGCGAAUCUGCAUUAGGAAACAUGGCCAAUACCGGACAGUCGGAGAGGGGUCAGUCGUUGACCAGACCCGAGGCCCUCCUGGCAAAUCAACUUUGUGGGCAAUGCCAUUCCUACUUCGACGUUUCCGACUGGCAAGAGGCUCCAGUAGACGAAGGUGGUUGUUGGCACCCAACCAGCAAUCAUCCUCUCCUUGCACACAUGGAGGAGGUUGUUUUCGAUGUAAGUGCGGCCAGUGUUUUUUUUCUUCUUAACGGGAAGCGUCAAAGUUACUUGCAAGCGACAUAAAACACACUCCGCCUUUUUGAUGGAAACAUUUCUACCAGACUCGUAGGCGUGUGAUGCCGAUUGACACCCACGCCAAUUUUACACUCCCAGGUCAGGCGUGACAGAGUCAAGAGAACCGCCUUGAUUUGGUGAGACUUCACAAGUUUAAAGUUCAGUUCAAUAGGUGCGAUCUGCGUAGCCCAUUCAUGCACCAAGGUCACGUUAAUCUGUUGACCCGUGAGCUCCGUGGGAGCUUGUGUCCCACGGGGUGGGUGCCUUGUGCGUGAAUUAGUUUAUGGUGGGGUAGACUUAUACAAGGUAUAUAGAACUCUCCUGGCUCAGAUGACAAGACGACCGGAUGCGGGCUUGAGCGCAGUGCUUGACAAAGCUAAGUAGUCCGUCUACGCGUGCCCCACACAAGACGUGAUCCCCACAGCUCGUACCAUACUCGGAUAUCACAUCGGUUAGGGGUCACUUCAGCCUGACUUCCAGCCCUGUCGGUUGGCAGUCUUCCGCGCCAAGGUUCAAGCACUUCAGAAUUGUUAUAAGGCAGAAUGCGCCGAUGUGCCGUAGGGAUAGAUUACCCGGUUUCAACCUCGCUUUCUCCCCCAUCCAUCCCCCAUGCCCCAUUGAACUUCCGAGACUGUCAAACAUCUGAUGCAAGGGUAGGGCACAGUGACCGAUGCGUCGGGGAGGCCUACGUCUGGGCGUGUCAAUACACAUCCCCCCACCCAUGUACGACGAGUGUUAUAGGCCCGCACAGAAUCUGUUCUGCCUGACUAACGCGCGUCGUGGGCCAAACUGAGCCCAACUUUUGGUCCGGCGCUUCUGCAGGGCAGCUCAUUAUGGGGACCACAUGACGCUAACGAAAAUGUCCACAGCAGUGUUGGGGCGCGGGGACGGCGAAUUGCGCGUGAAUUAGUUUGUAGUAGUAGAAGUAGUAGUAGUAGUAGUAGUAGUAGUAGUAGUAGUAGUAGUAGUAGUAGUGCCGUUGACAGAUAAAGUUAAACACCCCGUCUGUGCAUGCCAAACAUGGCCUGGUCCGUACACGAUGGACCAGGAUUUCACAAAAGGCAGGGGGGGGGGUGGACGUCUCGGAUCCCAAUUGACUGGGAUUCCCAUAGAGGCCACGUUAAGGAGCCAUUGCAGGUCUGUCUCUCCCACUGGAGGAGAGGACGGAAUUAUCCCGUCAGUUGGCAGCCCUCCAAGCCACAGAUUUAAUUGCACCGAGUUAGUUUAAAAGGGCGUCAGAUUUUUGGAAUAUGCGCUGGGUGCCGUAUGAACGCAGUCCCACAUUUUCUUCCUUCCCCCGAACCCCAGUCCACUGUCUAAGUCGGUCAGCCAUCUGAUGCGGGGACUGGGCGCAGGCGGUUGGCUCAGCGCGAGCCUGCGCCUGGGCGUGCCAUCACACUCUACGGUGCCGCAUACAUGUACUACCGCGUGUAGACAGACCAGCCGGACUGCGGCUCUUUGAAGACAUCGACCAAAACCUAAAUUGACUUUAAUCACUUUAGCCUCCACGAUUGAAAGUAACCCCCUGGAAGGGUGAUAUCUGAAGACAGACCCAUUACAACUUUGUUGCCUAAACAUGCGUCACUUAGUCAGUGUUUUGAUCUAUAGUUGGGGAAUUGCUCAGUCUAACAGCCGAUGUUUUCGAUCGGAGUGCACACGGGAUCAUGCAAGCAUCGGGGAUGAAAACGACCGCAAACGUAAGGUACAUGGCUUGUGGGAAAGUAUUUCAGAACAGUCUUUAUUGCUGUUUAAGAGAAAUGAAUCGUUGUGAUAUACGGGGACUUCAGGAAUUCCAUUGUCGUCGCCUACUUUAAGUGUUCCAUACGGUUGAACGUUGACUAUACCUCCCUUCCGGACUACCUGCUAGAGACUGUCUAGCAGAGAUUUGGGGCAACAACAAGAUCUGCCAAAAAGGUGAAAAAGUCUUCUGAUUAUGUGUGUGCUGUUUACUAUCCCUUCUGUUUUUGAACUGGUACCUGCGGGUAGCUAGACCUCGUUUCAAGAGAGCAAUGGAAGCCUCAAAUGCUCACUUCCGACUAAUUAGCCGUCGUCAGCCAUCCACGCUCAAACCUCAAGUCUGUAGAACGUUGGAUUUUAACUCAGACUUUUGGAUUAUCGCUCAUGAAGUAUAGCGCCCUAAGACUGAGUCACUGGAUUGGCAUCUUUUUACCUGCAAUCCGCAAUAUUGGUUCCUGCGGAGUUGGCACUCCCCUGAUCCGAUUCUAUUAAGGAAAGUGCUUGUUCUUUGACAUGGGGCUCUAUCAGAGGCCCUCGCAUGCGGUGGCUUGACGACAAAAAAAUUCAAGUAGAAAGAAUACCAACAGACGGAAGGAAGACUGUAAUGUCUACUUCCGGUCUAUUGAUCGUCGUCAGCCAACCCUGUCGGUAAUCCUUCCAGUUGCAUUGCUUGUCGCUACGCGACCGCCCACAGAGACGGUUGAUAAAGCUCCGGGACAUAGACAACGGGCAUGUUCCUUGAUGCUUUUUCUUCAAGGUAUUUCCAUGCCUUGACUACAAGUCUGUGCGUUUUGUUUUGCAUGCAUAGUCAGUUUUUUGAACACUUUGGAACACAGCGUUUCAGCAGUUAUAGCGAGCGAUUCCGUGAACAUCGAAGACAAUAACGUCUGGAUACAAGACUUACAUCCCUGUCGAACUUGGUCCUGGUCGGCUUCGGCGACUAGAUUGUCAUCUGUUUAACUAAAACGGACCUAAAGUUCACGAAUCUAGUCGCAACCGUUUUCUUCCAGUCUUCUAUCAAGAAAACGUGGUUUGGCAAAUGUUCUAGACUUUUUUCCCUCCGAUUACCUUUUUACCGACCAACGCAGGAUCCUUCUGGAUUUUGGCCACUAUUCGAACUUUUGUGCAUUGCAAAUUCAGGUUUUUCUGACUUUUCUAAUUUUUACUCCGGUAGAAGAUUCUCCCAUAACACCGAAAUUUCAAUUCUUUUACCGUGCCUGCUCUUCCAGCUUUGUGACGAGGAUGGAGAUGAUGAUCCCCCUGAGCGUUUUCUCUUUGUUUCCCCCCUCGAGCCUGAAUGGCUGCUCGUCUACGAUAUGCUGCCUGGAAAGGGUGCUCGCCCAGUGUCUAAGUUAGACGAUUGGAGCUCUCCACUGCGGCAUACCGGCCAGCGUAAUCCCGUUGCUCUGAUUGACCUCGCCACAGGCAGGCAGCACGACCCCGAGGAGCCCUGUUAUCGAACGCGGGUUGCCGCCCUCACGGCCACCUGUCCCAGUCAGCACGCCGAUCCCGAGGACAUGGCCUCGGCCGAUGCCUCAACCUCUCUCUAUGAGCUCAAUAACUCGCUGGCGGUUGUUCAUGGCCGCAGUUUGACGCAUUUCACCGACCCACAGGGUGGUUACAGCAUACAUUUAUAA